AUGGAGAAUCCGCCCGACAAGACGGCGGAAGGAGAUGGAUCAUACCUCCAUCACCUCGCAGAAUUGGUUGCCCAGGGUUUUGGAAAUCUGGAGCGUAAAUUGGAUCCCGAACGGAUGCUUGCUCAAGAUGCUAAUUGGACUUUCCGUGCUUUGAAUAUGGACUCGAGGGAAACUCUCUGCAACCGGUUACAUUCAACCCUCCUGCCUCUCUUAAAAGAUCAACUCACCACUAUCUCAACAUUGCUCGAGCCUGCAAGCAUGAGGAAAGGACCGAAAUCAAACCUUGAACACGUAUUGAAGAUCCAACCAGAAUUCGAUUCCAAUGUUCAUCAAAUCCACUUCAUCAUUCACCUCAUCUGUCCGGAAUCCUUAUCGAGCGCAAGCCAAAUCAAUGACCAGCACCUCAAACAAUUCAAGGUGUUUAGGCUUCUUGAACUCAAAAAUAAGUGGCUUCUCACACUCCGGAAGACCAGUGCUCUCUUUCGAGAGGGCACCGAGUACAUUCAAAAAAUUAAGCUCUUGAAAGGGGGAUCCUUCGAUGUUGGCAAAACACAUCCGUAUAGAUACAGGACCGACAUAGUAGUAGAUCUAAUCAAGUUCACUAUUAGACUCUUGAACGGAUCCGAAUUGGAUAUUGUCGAAGAUUCUACUAAAGAGGCGAGCCUAGAUAUCGUUCAUCUACUAGGCGAGAACCUCAUCCUAGUCGAUCGAAAUCUCCCACUGAGACAUGCCUUUGAGUUCCGAUUGACCCAUCCGCCGCUUAUCCACCUCGCUCACUUGGCAAGACUACCCUUGAGGCUAUCAGGACUAUUUUACAAGAAAUUAUCGAGCUCCCAGAUGAACAGCGGUCACAGCCUGUCAUUAUUUACCCAGAUGAACUCUCAUCAACUCAAAAGUUUAUGUCAGCUUGCUCUCGAGGUUCGUAGCGAUCACGAGGCACUUCACGUUAACCUGUCCCACGCUGGUGGGGCUUUUGGAUUUGCACCUCUUGAUGUUGAGCCCUUCGUACAAACAGCAAACAAUCUUGCUAGUCGUUUUGAAGGUCCAUUGUCCUCUAUUGUCAACUAUCUUGUCCCCUUGAUCGAAAAUGAGGCCGACCAGAAUUAUCACCGGGAUUGGUUUGCUGCAUGGGACAUUCUAUUCAGAUUAGCCAUUCACAAUUUCGUCCAAGCUGUCCAAAAUUAUCAACCCCAGUUUUAG